CUUGAGCACCGUUCAAAAAUCAGCAAGGGUUCAACGGCUAUAAUUGCUAAGCGGUAAAAUCGGCAAAUUUCACUCUCUCCCUUUGAUCUCUUUCCCUCCGCUGCCUCUGUAACCGACUUCCCACCAAAAAUGUCCGACUCUCAGCCUCCUCCGAUCGUCUUCCGCAACGCUUAUUAUCUUCAAUUUCUCUCUCGGUUCCCAAUUUCUAGGGUUUCUUCUCUGCUCGCUUGUGGAUGCAGACAUAGAUUCGAGCUGCCACACUGGUUUUAUAAUCAGGUUUCAUAAUUUUCUGAGAAAUGGGAAAAGGGUCGAAGGAAGAUGAGAAAAUCGAAAGAACAAUUCGCAGUCUUUUGAAACUUCCCGAGAAUAAAAGAUGCAUCAACUGCAAUAGCUUGGGACCACAAUAUGUUUGCACGACCUUCAUGACAUUCGUCUGUACAAAUUGUAGUGGAGUACAUCGGGAGUUCACUCACCGAGUAAAAUCAGUGUCAAUGGCCAAAUUUAAUGCAGAAGAAGUUAGUGCACUUCAAGCAGGUGGAAACGAGAGAGUUAGACAAAUUUAUUUUAAAGAUUGGGAUCCUCAGUACCAUUCUUACCCUGAUGCCAGUAAUCUUCAUGGACUCAGGAGUUUUAUCAAGCAUGUAUACAUUGAUAGAAAAUACACUGGCGAGAGGAGUGUCAGCGCGAGGAGUAUCAACACUAGUGAGAGGAGUGGCAACAAGCUCCCAAGGCUGCAAUUGAGCAUUGAGGGGUCUGAUGAUAAUCGGAGGGUUGGUGGACAUCAUACUGGAUCCAGGAGCUUCCAUGAUGAUAACAGGUUGGAACGGAGUUAUAGUUAUAGUCCAAGUGGAAGAAAUUUAAGAUAUUACUAUGAUGAAAGAAGAAGUCCUCAAUAUUCUCCAGAAAAUUCAAGAAGUGGUGGUUUUAAGAAAGCUCCUCUAUGUUUCGAGAUAGUUGAUAAUAGGAUUCGGGCAGAAAAACGAGGAUCCUCAAGUGGAGAAUACAAGGUCCAAAGCAGGAGACCAGACAAUAAGAAGACCGCAGAAAGCUCCCGUUCUCCUGUUGCACCCCCUGUUAAAGAUAAACUAGGGGAAAAUGUGCCUCCUCCGCAGGUUGGUGAAAGGUCCACAGCAAAUCAGAAGGAUACUGAUGGUUCUGCUCAUAAUCAGAAAACUAAAUCUACUGGUGGCCAUGUUGGGAAUGCGGUGGAACAAAACGUAUUAAGCUUGAUUGAUUUCAAUACUGAUUCUGAGCCCCCACAUGCUGCAGAAUCGCAAUUGGAACAAACACCUGUACCCAAUAAUGAUAACAACUGGGCCUCAUUUGAAUCAUCUUCAACGGAGAAGGCACCUCAGGUUCCAACUGCGGUUCCAAAUGCAGACCCUCUGGAAUCUUUGCUAUUUGAAUUGGCAAGUCCCCCAUCUGUUCCUGUGAGUAAUGCAUCUGAGACACCACGCAAUGAUGGUGCUCCCUCAACUGCGGGCAUAAACACCAUGCCCCCCGGUGGUGCUUCCCCAGCUGCAACUGCAGAGCAGAUGCCAACAUUACUUAAUACAAGUAAUGCAUCUACAUCUACAUCGACUAGUACCACUGUGGCAGCACAACCUACUGAUGCAGGUCCUGUGCAAGAUCUUGCUAUUUUUGGUGGCGACACCACUGUAAAAGCAACUGAUGAGAAGCAGUUAGUACUAAGUACACAGAAAGAUCAGUCCUCUAUAUCCUUCGCUGCGGAUAGUGGUUCUACUUCACAUCAUGUCAAUUAUGGAGUUGGAGCUUCAAAUGGUGAGUUAAGGAAUUUGUCACUGGAACCAAGCAUACAAAGAUCUUUCAGUAUUCCUGCUGAAAAAUCAUCUCAAUCUAUGUUAAAUCCAGCUGAACACACCGACAGUGGCAGUGGAGCUAAAUCCCAAGUGGAAAGGAAUUCUAGUAUGCGAAAGGAACUCCCAGCGGACCUUUUCGCUGCAAGUUACUCAUCAGCUCCUGGACAAGCUUCAGGCUGGCAUACUGCUCCAGCUCAUGGAAUGGGGUACAGCAUGCAGUAUUACCCUACUGCGACGCCUGCUCCAGUAUUUCCGGGUCCAGCAAAACCCAAAAACCCUUUUGAUCUUGAUGAAGAAAAAAGUCUAGUAACUUCCACACAUUUUCCUUCCAUGUCUUCAUUGCAAGGAGCUCUGCAUAACGUGCCAGUACCAGGCUUGAUGCAUGCUUCAAGCCUUCCUACUAUGUCGCAGUUUAAGACACCCCAGUCUCCAACUAAUGAAUCCAUGAUGAUGCCUUCACACUCGCCUUCCUUCGCAAAUGCUUUCUCUCCAAGGUCGUACUUGGGGCAUCAAUUACCUAACAAUGUGCAAUUUUUAAGACCGCAAGGAGUUGGUGGCUUUGGCAGGGACGAAGCUGCUUUUGGAUCCCUAACCACAACUCAGCAACCGUUUCGGCAACCAAGAGUCAAAUACCCAGCACCCAGCAGCAGCUCAGAAACUUUUUCUCCAAUGAGAGGAAACCCAUUUGGAUGAUCGAAAAUUAUUUCGGUCUCAAAAGCAUCUUCAGGAUUGCAUCCUUUCUAGUCGAAGAUCAAGUGUAACGAGUAAAUACAGAUAUGUGUGUGUGUGUAUCUUUGUAAAUAUCUUGUUAAAAAUCAGUUAAUAUGUUCUCACAUGUACUAUUUUGUAUUGUUAAAGCAUCAGUAUUUUGGAGGUAAGAUGGAUGCUACUAUUGAAUUAAGUGGCUGAUCAUUGAUGCGUUAA